AUGAGGCUUUACUACGCUCUCUUCGCUGCCGCACCUCUGUUUUGCAAUGCAACUGAGAUUGAUGCUCACAUUGAAGGAUACGGCGUUGUGGUACCAGAGUGGGAGGUUGAGAUAACACCCGGAGGCCCUACGACCGUCUUGAAUGGGACGAUUGAGGAAGUUCAUGAGGAGCUUCUUCAGUUGAACCCUGACUGGGACGAAGAGUACACCGUAAAUAGCACUGAAAGCGAGCUGGCAGAGCGAGAUUCUAGCGUCGAGCUCUUUGCUAGAACUGACUUUAGCGACGCUGAGUACCACUGCGGCGGUCGAUGGCCAAAGUGUCGCACCACCAUUAUCAACCAAGGCAUUUCUUAUCUGCGUCGUAUCAAAGGGAAACCGAGAAAUGGCCCUGGGCCGGGAAACUGCGGUCGAGUGAGCUGUUCUUUUAACUCGGCUAUCUGGUGGUGCAAUGAUAACGCCAAAUCAAAAACUCUUAACAGCUUCUCAAGCAUUGCAGACGGUGCUGCUUUCAUUGUGAAGAAGUGCUAUAUUCCCGACAGAGGACCACCUGUGCCGGGAAAGUGGAACAUGCUUUCUGGUCAAGCAUUCCAUAACAGCAAGUGGAAUGUGAUUGUUAGAAAGGACAAGUGUAAGGAGGCUCAUCAUUAG